ACAGGACGCGUUUUACCGACCGUUGGGUUUUGGAGGGAAAUAGCUGAACGGUUGUGUGGUGUUCGAUUUUUCCAGCGCGAUCAACAAAAGCAUUUUCUAGUGAGUUGUAGGUACACGACCAACAGAGUGAAAUCAGCGUCAUCAAAAUGUGCUUCAGAUCAAUCAUGAACGGCAACGGCUGCACCCCAUCGCACGGUACUGCUGAAGCUGAAGAACUCUCCACAUAUUGAGUUGAGGUACGUACCUACUUCUCACUGAACUUCGGCAAGUUAAAUCGUUAUUAACAGUAGGAAGAAGAAAGUGCACAAGAACCAGUGCGCUACUGAGCAGGGAAACAGCAAAAGUGGCAGUGUGUUUGUGUGAGUGGUGGGAACAACGUCGCGAAGAACUCACCCCCCGCAGGUCACGUCGCGAGGGAGGGUUAUGAGGCUGUGGGGACGGAUGCAAAAUUUAAUUUAAUGCUGAACAAAGCGAAACGACAGUACGAAGAAGACGACGCCGCCGACGGUGGCAGCAGCAAAAGCAACAGCAUGAGGAAGAGCUUUCGAAGCACCCGCCACGGAUCCGGAGGAAUAACAACGAUGAGGAGCUUCAUUGGAAUGCUAUUGGGAUUACUUACAAUAUCAGAAUCCCUAGCGCUACGGCUCACGACGGUCCGCAUCCCGACGUACAAAUUCCGCGGCGAAUCAGCCUUGCUCGAAUGUCAGUACGAACUGAACGGUCAGCAGUCCCACAGUAGCCACACUCACAAUACCAACAACAACAUCAACCACUACCAACAGCAGCACCCCCACCAGCAGCGAGGUCGAACGCGAAAUGACUCCUCCGGGGGCUCGCGCUAUGGCAGUGCCCACCACGAUGACUACUACAACGAUUCGGAGGGCGAAGAACGUCUCUACUCCAUCAAGUGGUACAAAGACAACGAAGAGUUCUACCGGUAUGUCCCGUCGGCGGCUCAACCCAUCAAAAGCUACAAAAUCGACGGCAUUCGGGUCGAUCCGAACCAUUCGGAUGGCACGAAAGUCCUGCUGAAACAGCUCACGCUAAAAUCGUCCGGCGUGUACCGGUGUGAGAUUUCUGCAGAGGCGCCCAACUUCGAUUCGGUCCAGGGUGAUGGACAAAUGGAUGUGAUACAUGUCCCCAAGGAUGGUCCCCACAUCAACGGAAGCGAGAGGAGGUCCUACCACAUAGGCGAAACGAUGGAGCUAAACUGCACCUCGGGACGGUCCUAUCCGGCUUCGACGCUGCAGUGGUACCUGAACGAUAAGGUCGUGACGGACCCCAGCAGCAUCGUCCAGUAUCCACGGUUGGUCAAUCAGCACGGGAUGGUGACGAGUUUCCUCGGGCUGAGCAUGGUCGUCCACCAUCAGCACUACAUCGAUGGGUUCAUGAGGAUAAAGUGCGUCGCAAGUCUGUCGCCAGUGCUGUGGCGCAACGGGCAGGAGAGCAUUAUGCAGUGGGAAAAGCCCUCGAUCGAUAACCGGGUUGCGAUGUUGUUGGUGAAAAGCAGCUCCUCCCGAUGGUUGGUCAGCAUGACGUUGCUACUUUGUUCCACCCUGUUUGCCAGGACCACCACCAUCAGUUCCUUCCGGUUGCAGCCGUAGCUACUGGUACCACUUCUCCCACCACUGGGGCUGCUGUCACCAACUUAAAUGGCAUCAUCACCAUCAACCAUCGCCGUUGUCCCGAAGGGCCGGUCCUGCUUGGCCAGUGUCGAGUGGAUGGAAGUGAAGUUUUUUGAAAUUAAAGUAAAACUUACGGAAACUUCGAGACUCGCCUGGCCACUCCGAUUGCGUUUCACUUCACCGACGACAGACCGGGAAAGAUGAUCAUGAGGAUGGCAACUGGAGAAGAAGAAGAAAACUAUAUCAAAAGUAGUGAGCUAAGUUGAGCGAGAAUCGAGAAAAGGACACACUUGAGAAAAGUAUAAAUAUUAUAUUUACGAUCUAUAGGAGGACAAGAGAGCCAUGGUAGCGCAACGUGAUUUACUUGAUAGCGUUUAUGGCCAGGUGCGGGGUGCCGGUGGGGUGGAGAAGGCCGAAGGACCCGAAGAACGAAAGAAAAUAGCUUUUUCUAAGUUUAGUUUUCCUAUUAAGUUUUUGUUUCGUAUUAAUUCCUGUACAGAGAGUAAGGUGUGCGGAAGGAGAGCUAAAGAAUAUCACGAGCACUGUACAUAGUGAGGCAAAGGAAACCCGUAAUAUGGUACCACAUAGUAAAUAGGCAAAGAGUUGAGCAAGAUCAACAGAGUGAUUGUAAAUUUAAUAAUUUUGUACAUAAAAGUUAGCUGGGAAUAAUUACUAGAAUAAAAUUUCCGCUUGAACCCAUAAAUAA